ACAUUUCACGCUGACACCAGGCGAACACGGGGCUCAUACACUCACAUCCACGCACACUCACACGCAGGCAGGCAGGCAGGGCUCACAAUAUUAUCGACUGAUCCAAGUCAGGAGUAUAGUGGAGGAGAGCACAUUGGAGGAUCUUCUGUGAGAGGAAACGAGAGGAAAAAACGAUAAAAACAAAAAAGCAGAAAAAAGAAACAGAGGAAAUCCCCCGAAAGGAAAUGCCAAUCGCAGCCGCUGGACAGCCAACGACUCAGGAGCCCAGAGUUUUCCCCCGGCUGCCCUCCACCCCGGAGCCUGUCCCUAAAGGGGCUGAUUUAUUUGACGAGGCGGGGGCGGCGGAGUCGGCGGAGCGAACAGAGUACGGGGGCGCGCAGGGGGGCAGAGGACUCGGGGGCUAUAGUUACAGCCAAAGCGGCUCGAGGGGCUUUGUACAGCCCGGAUCUACCAACGGCUCUCCGCCGCAGUCCCCGGCCGCGUCCUCCUCUUUUCUCUUCCAUCCCUUACACCCCCACCAAAUGGCCAUGGAGCCCCCAAGGACUCGAUCGCGUUCUCGCUCUGGAUAUUACCAGCAGUACGGUGUCGGGAAUGGCAAUGGACUAACCGGCAGCGGAGUUAUGGUAUCAAACCACCAUCACCAUCCACAACAGCAGCAGCAGCAGCAGCAGCAGCAGCAACUCCAUCCACAGCAGCAGCAGCAGCAGCAGCACGGAGCCGGUUGCGCACCACUUGGAGCUCACAGCAACCACACGGAGAACCAGCAGCGAGCUCCGGGAAGUAACGCCUCUCCCGGCAUACAGAGGCUGUCUUCGGUUCCCGGAGCGCACCGCAUCCCGGCUGCAGGAGCCUCCGGUGGGCCCUACCACUGCCACCCAGACCAUACGUACGGAGAGGAGAAUGAUAAGAGUGAAGAAAGUCCCAGUCCAAAGCGCCAGAGGCUGUCCAGUCAGUCUGUCUUGGAACAGCUAACCUCAUCUGCCCCCCCACCAUCCACCCCUUCUCCCCCCAUACGCCCCUGGGAGUCAGGACCUCAGAGUCGGAGACAGCCCCACCCACACUACCACCAGGAGAGAUGCCUCACUCCUGCUCGGCACAGACGCAGCCCGCCAGCGAGGCGCCAACGUGGCCGUCUGUCAAGGCCUCCCCGUCACAUGCCUCCCCAUCUCCACCCCUCCACCCAAGGCCCCGCUCCUCGCCUGUCUCCGUCAGGGCUCCAGGAUGAAAACUACCACCACAACCCGCAUCACUCCGCACACCAGACGUACCCAACGCACACCCCCAGCGUCUAUGGUCACCCUCCCACAGCUGGUGGCGGAGGCGCGAGUUCAGAAGAUCCCAGAGCUUUCCACCCCCCCACCUUGCCUCCACGACUACUGCACCCAGCCGCUCAUCACCACCACCAUCAUCAUCAGCAACAGCAUCACGCAACCCAACAGCAGCAAGGAGCCAUGGUCCUCGACUUACACGAACAGCUGCAGCAGGGGAGUGUACCAGUCUCCUACACAGUGACCCCAGUCCCUCCUCACGGUCUCACAGCGCCUUUGUGUAGCGGGCAGCAUCUUCCUCCCACAUGCUCCUCCCAACAACAGGUCCCCGCCUGCAGUGUGGUCUUCAGCACUGGACAACAUUAUCACCCGAUGAUACAGGCAUGUUCAAUGCAACAUUUGCCAGUGCCAUAUGCCUUCCCCUCACUGCUGUCCAGUGAUACACAGUUCCUGCUUCCUCCUCCACCUCACCUCUCUCACCACGCACCCCACCUCCCCACACCUGGACAGUUCCUGCCAUUCCAGGCGCAACAGCCACGAUCGCCUCUACAGAGAAUUGAAAAUGAGGUUGACGUUCUCGGAGAGCAGCUUUCAGUAGGUGGAGGCUUCAGCUAUGCCCACCAUCACCACCACCACCACCACCACCAGCCUCCCUCCACCCUACAGCCCUCAACGUCACUCCAGUUCCUUUCACACCAUGAUCCCCUGUCACAGGAGCUUUUUACAGUGCCCUAUCCCCACUUUAUGCCUCGUCGAUUCCCAAGUCGGCGUUACCGCUCUCAGCAGGCCGUACCUCCGUCUCCCUACCACCCCAGCUUCCUGCCUUACUUCUUGUCAAUGCUCCCUGUGCCCCCAAAUGUAGCCCCCGCUAUCAGUCUAGAGCUGGAUGUAGACGAUGGAGAGGUGGAAAAUUACGAGGCCUUGUUAAACCUGGCAGAGCGUCUAGGAGAGGCUAAGCCCAGAGGUCUGACCAAGGCAGAUAUAGAACAGCUUCCAUCAUACAGGUUCAACCCCAACAACCAUCAGUCUGAGCAAACACUGUGCGUGGUAUGUAUGUGUGACUUCGAGUCUCGCCAGCUCCUCAGAGUUUUGCCCUGUAACCACGAGUUCCAUGCCAAAUGUGUAGACAAGUGGCUAAAGGCCAACCGGACCUGUCCUAUCUGUCGAGCUGAUGCCUCUGAGGUCCAGCGGGACUCUGAGUGAUCUCACAUCAACAACCACUCUCCCUGUUGGAUGCACCAACCAAUCAGUGAACUUCUCUCCCUUUAUCGUACGCCUCCGCUUACACAUCCUUCCACACAACUGGGACCAGUUCUCCUUAAUCCUUCACUCUUUAACCCACAUACACUGAACAGCAUUUAGCGGUGGGAAGACGUCCUGUGACUCGUGCUCUCUUUAUCGCUGGACUUCAUACGCCUUCUGUUUGGGAAUAUCGCGCCCCCACUACUCUGCCUUGUGCUUAUGGUUCCUGCUUACUAUGAAUGGCCUUUGAAACACACAUACAGUGUCAUCGUCCCCCCCCCCCCCCCGUCAUUGUGAGCCCUUCCAAACUGGUGCGACUUGUAUGUAGUUGUACUAACAAACACUGGGGAAAAGUGGCAAUCCAAAGAUUAUAACAAUUUGGUUGUUUUUCUUCUGGUUAGAAACUAAGCAUCCACAGCUUGGCAAGCUGACAUUUUCACUAGACUUAUUCACAGAAUUAUGAUUGCAGUUGAAGAGUCAAAUUUAAUUUGUCUUUGUGGAUUCUUGCAUUCCUCGGUGCCAGAGCAGUCUGUAUGGAGUGAAACAUGUAUACGGUACACUGUGUGUCGAAGAGCGAGCGACUUUGAGACAGUGGAAAAAUAUAUACUUUAUUUUCUUUA